CAAAACCCCAUGCAGAGGCAAUCCAUGCUAUAAGAGCUCUUGAUCUGGGAAGGACAUUCUCUAACUUCAGCGGUAACUUGGCCACCUGCCUACUUCCCCAACUCUCCUGGUGUCAUUUGUUUCAGCUGAGAAGAAAAAGUGUGGGGCAGAGGGCUCCCAAUUUUUAUCCCUCGCUCUCCUUUUGGGAAGUUUCACAAGUUGAGCUUCAGAUGCUACAAAGAAGACUGAUCUUUACCAGCUGAGUGGUCAUCAUGGACGUGGAAUCUGCUGUUUCUUUGUAGAUGGAUGAAAAGUAUAACAUCAUAGGCUUGCAGCCCCUCUGGUUUUCAUGAUGGCAGCAACCAGUGGAGAAAGCCAGCUACAGAGGAUUAUCCGGGAUUUGCAAGAUGCUGUGACAGAGUUAAGCAAAGAAUUUAAAGAAGGAGGGGAGCCAAUCACAGAUGACAGCAUCAACUUACAAAAAUUUUCCUACAAGCUUGAGUACCUUUUACAGUUUGACCAGAAAGAAAAGACCACGCUGCUGGGGAACAGGAAAGACUACUGGGAUUAUUUCUGUGACUGUCUGGCUAAAGUCAAAGGAGCUAAUGAUGGAAUCCGCUUUGUCAAGUCUAUUACAGAAUUGAGAACAUCCCUUGGUAAAGGAAGAGCAUUUAUACGUUACUCCUUAGUACACCAAAGGCUAGCUGACACCUUGCAGCAAUGUUUUAUGAACACCAAAGUAACAAGUGAUUGGUACUAUGCAAGGAGUCCAUUUCUGAAAUCUAAAAUGAGCUCUGACAUUGUGGGUCAACUCUAUGAGCUCACUGAUGUUCAGUUUGACUUAGCAUCCAGAGGCUACGACUUAGAUGCUGCUUGGCCAACAUUUGCAAGGAGGACAUUGUCCUCACUUGGCACUUCAGCAUAUUUGUGGAAGCCUCCAAGUCGCAGUUCAAGCAUGAGCAGUUUAGUGAGCAACUACCUACAGGCUCAGGAGUAUCCUUCUAGCCCUGAUGCAAAUAAUUCCUUAAAUCCUGAACAACUAGAAGGUUUUGAAGAGAUGCGAGUGGAGCUUGACCAGGCAGAUUUGAGGCAGAGAGAGCUUCAGGAUCGGAUUCAUCAGCUGGAAAUUGAAAAUCAGGAGCUUCAGGCAGCCAUUGGCCUUCAGAAAGAACAAGUGCAAGUGGAAAAAGAGAAGAGCAGCAACUACAGUGAAGAGAACGCCAGGCUGACAAAGAUGAUAGCAGAGCUACAGAAGCAAUGUGAAGUCUCCCAGUCCACGCAGAGUACUGUUCAUGACCUGCAGAAAUGCUUGCGGUCAUUAGAACUGAAUGCAGCUGAAAAGCAAAAGGAAUACUAUACGAAACUAGAGCAACUGGAGUCCAGCAAGGAGGCCUGCACCUCAAGACUGCACCACUUGAAUCAGGAGCUGGAAACUGCUCGGGCUUUGGUCAGCAUGAAGGACCUUUGCAUCAGUGAGCUUAGUGACAAGCUGAGCUCUACAGAGCAGAAGAACCUGGACCUCAUUGCAAAAAUAGAUGCUUCCUUGGGUGAGAAGGAACAACAAACCACCACUAACUAUGACUGUGCUGUAAAGAUCCAAGAAUUACUAGAAAAACUUCAUCAGGCAGAAGAGGAAAAGGCUGACAUACAGAAACUAAGCAAUGAACACCUGUCCCAACUGAAGACAGUGAGAGAAGAACUGCAGCUGAAAGAGGAGGUACAGAAAGAACUGGAAUCUAGGUAUGAUUGCCUUGCUGCUGACUCCAGGGAAGAGAGUGAAAAAUUACUUAUGAGCCUGGAAACCAUAGCAAAGGAAAUGGAUGCACUUCAGAAGGCGCUGACGAUGAAAGGCAAGGAGGUAGCUGACCUCCAGAUCCAGUUGAAGGGCUCUCAGGCUUGGGUGGGUUCACUGGAAAAAAAACUUGAAGAGGUCAGAAAAGAAAAAGAGCAACUUGAGGAGGAGUCCAGCAUCACUGAAAGUACCCAGAGACAGAAAGUAAAUGCCUUGGCAGAGCAAUUGGAGCUUCUGGAGGACCGCACAACAAAGCUGAGUCAGAAUGUGCAUAGCCUGGAGGAGCAAAAAAAGAAACUCCUUUCUGAGAAGGACCAGGUCAGCCAAAAAAUAAAGGCCUUGGAGGAGUGCACAGAGCAGCAAAGCUUAGCUCUGAGCGAAAUGGGUGAAGACAACAAAAAGCUGAAAUCUGAGAAUACAAAUCUGCAGCAAGCCAAGAAGAAGAUGAAAGAGAAGCUGAAAAACUUGGAGGCAUCUAAGGCCUCUUUAGAAGCUGAGGUGGCCAGGCUGAGAGCUUCUGAAAAACAGCUCCAGAGUCAGAUUGAUGAUGCCUUGGUGUCAGUGGAUGAAAAAGAAAAGAAGCUCCGGGGCCAGAACAAACAGCUGGAUGAAGACUUGCAGAACACCACAAGGCAAAACCAACUCUUGGAAGAGAGGCUACGGGCACUACGUUCUGAGUUCCAAGAACUGAGACAAAGAGAAGAAGCCACCAAGAAGUCUUUAGCUGUCUUGCAAGGAGAGCACAAGAGUGCCAGACAGAACAGUUUACAAAUGGAGAAGAGUUUGUUGUCCCUGAAGGAAAGUGAAGAAUCUCUUAAGUCGCAGGUGACAGAGAAGGAUAUGAAGCUCCAAGACAGGGAGCAGCAGUGCAAGCAGCUAGAGGCUGAGCUGGAGAGACACAGAAAAAAAGCAGAGGCUCUGGAGAUGGAAAAGCUAAGCGUGGAAAAAACGUGCCUUCACCAAACAAAACUGAUUGAAUCCCUUACUACUGAGAAGAAUUCAGUGGAGAAAGUCCAGCUGGAGCAAGCAGCUUGUCAGGAAAAAAAAACCCAAGAGCUAGCUUCCAAACUGGCUGUGACUGAAGAGCAGCUGCAGGUCAAUCAUGGUGAAGUGUCCAGGCUGCAGACCGAAGUCAUUGAGCUGCGAGCCAAACUUCAACAGACAGCUGAUGAACGAGAGAGGGUGCAAGGCAAGCUGGAUGUCACCGAGGUGGUUCUGGAAGAACAGAAAAUGCUGGUCCAGCAGCUGAAAGAGCAAAGUGAAUCGCUCAACAGAAGCCAUGUGCAAGAGCUGGUACAGUGCAAGCAAAGAGAGGAGGCUCUGGAAAAGGAGUGGGAAAAGGAUGCCCAUCAGAAAGCUGAGAUGGAGAAGAACUUGAUGAGUCUCAAGGAAGAGCUGUCUAAGGUGAAACAGUGUUUGGAAACUAUAAGAACAGAAAACGUGGAGCACAAAGACCUUCUCCACAGGACCAACACUGAGAUGGCAGAACUCGGGAUUCAGAUCUGUUCCCUGACCUCUGAAAAGGUGGCUGCAGAAGAGAAGCUGGCCCAGGUCAGUGAGAGGCUUCAUGAAGUGGAUGAGCAGGCAGCAAAGGAACAGGAGAGGCUGCAACUUGACAUCUCUGUGCUUAAGCAAGAGAACCAAAACCUGCAAGACAAACUGAGGGAGGCUCAGGUAUGUGCUGCAGCUGUUCCAAGCCUGCAAGCACAGCUGGAGAUGGCUGAGAAACAGACACAGAACUUCCAGGAGACCAGCAAAGAAGAGCUGUCUUCAAUAAAAUUUCAAAUGAGCACAGAGAUUUUAAAUUAUCAAACAAAAUUCAAGGCUGUCAGCGAGGAAUGUGAGAAAGUAAAAGAGCAGCUCAAGGAGCAGAAGCAACAACUGGGUGCAACAGAAGAGGAGAUUGCAGAGUUAGAGGCUACAAACACAGAUCUGUCUAGCAAACUGGAUCAAGCAACAGAGCAGCUGACUGAAUACGAAUCUGUCAGGCUGAAAAAGGAAGAGGAGGUGAUGUCACUGAAAGAAAACUUGGAAAGGACCCAAAAGGAAGUUGACAAAGCAAAUGAGCAAGUCAAAGAAUAUAAUGACAAGCUCAACAAAGUGAAAAUGGACAGAGAGAGCAAUGACCAGAAGUUGUGUGCUGAGCUGGAUGAUCUAACAAGAACCAAGCAAUUCCUGGAAGAACGUUUAAUAGAACUCAUCAGGGAUAAGGAUGCCCUCUGGCAGAAAUCAGAUGCUCUGGAAUUUCAGCAGAAGCUGUCUGCAGAGCAAAGAUGGCUGGGAGACACAGAAGUAAACCAGUGCCUGGACUGCCAGAAAGAGUUCAGUUGGAUGCUACGCCGACACCAUUGCAGAAUAUGUGGUCGCAUUUUCUGUUACUACUGCUGCAACAACUAUAUGAUGACAAAAAGUGGCAAGAAGGAACGUAGCUGUAGAACUUGCUUUAAUAAGCCUAGAGUGGUUGUCGAUAAUGCAGAUGGCUCAGGAUCUCCUGUCAACCAAGGGGCAUCAGCAUCUCCAUUAGAGUCACCAGUGUCACCAAACAGGAGAGUUACAGUUACCAAUGAAGCCUCCAAACCACAAGAUGAUGCAACAUUCGAUAUCAUCACAGACGAGGAAUUGUGCCAAGUGCAGGAUUCUGAUUCUGCCCUCAAUGAAAGUCAAACUGAAGUAGAAUCUAUGGACCAGAGUGUGACAGAUCUAAACAGCAUGUAUAAUUCAUCGACCUUUGAUGAAUCAGAAGAAUUGCAAAUGGCCCAAGAUGCUGAGACAUGCUUGCUGAAGUCAGGAGAACUGAUGAUAAAAUUACCCAUUACAGUGGAAGAGAUAGCAAAUUUUGGAGAAGACAGUAGAGAGCUGUUCAUUAAGUCCAGCACCUACAGCGUCAUUCCCAUCACUGUUAAAGAGACUGGCCUUACAAUAAGCUGGCUGUUUUCUUCAGACCCAAAAAGCAUCUCAUUCAGUGUCAUUUACCAAGAAUCAGAAGAGGCAACAUUGGAUCAGUGCAAAGUUCUUAUUCCUUUGACUCGCUGUAACUCUCAUAAGGAAACAAUCAGAGGGCAAGUGAAAGUCAGAAAUGCUGGUAUCUACAUGCUGAUAUUUGACAACACGUUCUCUAGGUUCAUCUCAAAAAGAGUCUUUUAUCACUUGACUGUUGAACGACCUGUGAUCUAUGAUGGAAGUGAUUUUCCAGAGCCUUGAAUAUAUGGUGUUAUUUUUAAGCAUAUUUUUAAGAAACACUAUUAUUUAUAUAUGUGUGUGUGUGUGUGUGUGUGUGUGUGUGUGUGUGUGUAAGCACUAAAAAUACCACUGUGUUUGAAGACCCUUUAAAACUACACAACAGUUACAAAAAAAAAAGCACUUACUAUAUGUUUACACCUAAGAAACAGAUAUCAUUCAUAUGACCAUUAAUGGUUCUGUACUGUGUACAGAUUGCUCAAAAAAGCAUGUUGUUUAGUAGGGUUGGUCAGAAAUUUUCCACCAUUUAUUUUUAUUGAAAAAUUGGGUCUAAAAAACCAGAUUUUACUAAACACUUUUGUCAGUAAACCAAAUAUUUUAGCUAAAAUGAAUUUUUUAAUUGAAAAAUUUGAAAAUUGUUUUUCUUGACAUUUAGAACAGGGCAUAAAAAUAAACACUUCUAACCAGCUGUAUUUUCUUAUGAAAACAACAACUAUGCAAUAGUCCAGUCAUUAAAGACAUAUCAUAAUCUUUAUAAAAGUAUUACCUUUUUGCAAAAUUUAUAAACAGCAAAGAUAGCUUUUAUAUAACCAGUUUAGGCUUAAAAUAUCUUACUGGCUGUUUUUAAAAAUGCUAGUUACACAAAUAUGCUGCAAUAGCUCUAUAAUUCUGAAUUACUUCUGCCACUUUUGCCUUCUGUACCCUGUAAAGAGUGAAAGUUCUUGCAGAGGAAGGUACUUCUGAAGGUGAGUAACAUUGGCAGAAUAAGUGUACAAUCUGCUGAAUUAAUUGGACCUCCAGUACAUGACACUAAAGAAGAGAAAAUGGGCAUGGUUCUUCUUCCUUUUCCUUUUUUCCUGUUUUGGCACCUUAAACUGCAACAUUCACAAGAAAACAAAAAUACUUUAAGAUGGAAAAUGACAAAAACAGUUCCUUUCUGUACACUGAGCGGAAGGUAGCAUGUAACGGACCUGAUAACACUUGACUCUAUCUAAAGAAACCCACCCAGGCUUGACUAUAUCAAGACACAGUGGACACGUCUACAUGAGAUGCCUAAUGCGCAGUAGACUAAUUCUACUGCACAUUAGCGCAUUAUGGCAAAAACUGUGCUAAUGCACUAAUGCUCAGUAGAAUUAUUAGUCUACUAUGCAUUACGCACCACAAAAAGCCAUGCCCCAUUGCUACUGCACUUUAGCUCCAGCUACUGCGCAUGUAUGUAGUACCUCAUACUAGAGGUACUAAACUUAAUGCACAGUAACAGCGGUGCAUUAAUGCAUGUGUAGACGUGCCCAAUGAAACCUUCAUCCUUCUCCUCUUUUCUCCUAUCUGUCUCUCUCACUCUUAGCAGUUCCAUUACAUCAUUUUUUCUUUCUUCUUUUUCAUCUUUCCCCUAUUUCUGCUUCUUCAAGUCACAUUCAGCCUGAGUCUCUCCUCCUUUACUCAGUGAUUUCCUUUCCAUUUCCAGGCUAAAUCAGGUGAUACCCAUUCCCCACUGUCCACCUGACCCUCCUACUUCUUUCCUGCCAUUUCCUCACCCCAUUUUCAUCUCAAUUCCCAGCUGCAGUGUUCAGUCGCUGCUAGAUCCAGCAUGGCUGCCAUAUGAAAAUAUGCAUUUCUCAAUGGGGUUGGCCAAAAAAAUUGCCACCAAAGCCGUUUUCGAAGGAAUUUUUCAACAAAACAGAAUAUCUGUGCAAAGUUUCUGCUCUCUAUGGACAAUAUCAAUAUUUUGACAAAACAUUUGCAAUUAAAAAGAUUUCAUUUUUUGACAGAAAUUAAAUUGGGGGGGGAGCCCUAGUUUCAAGUCCAGACUGAGGCAGCUGGUUAUCUAUAGGAGACUUUAAGGAUGGAGAGUGGGGAGACAAAAAAAGCAUUGGGUGAGGCUGGGGGCAGAGGAUUCUUCAUCAGAGUUCAGUUCAGGCUGGGAGAAAGAUAGACGUUCACAUUGUUUUUUAUACUUUUCUAGCUGAGUUUCUCACCCCUAUGAGGCCCCAUUUAUUGUGAUAGACCUGAUGCAGACUGUUGUAGGUAAUUGCAAAAAAGCUGCUAUUCAUUUAGACAACAAUUCGAGCACCUGACAUUUUGUAGGAACUAAUGAUCAUCUGAAAGAAGAAGAGUUAAUUGUCCAAAAUAAAGCAGAAGACCAUUAAUCCCAAGUGCCCAGGUCAUUACUGGUGUUAUAAACUGCAAAUUAAAAGGCAGAGACGAAGCUGUGGACCUUUGCUUUGGGUGAUUUAGUUUGUAGUUGGUGAAUAUAGGGCAUUUUUAUACAGUGAAAGCUCUUUAGAUAGCCUUUUAUGCAAAUAUAAAUCUUAUUGAUUUCAACAGGCUUUGGAUUGGGCCCGAUAUUAGUCAGUCACAUUACCUGACUUGUAUUGUAACAUUCCAUUCAGUUUAUAAUCUAGUUCUUCUUUAUUGUUGUUACUAUGUGUAAACUUCAUGAGGAAGAUGCAUCAAAGGAGCUGAGGGGUCAAACACAAUUAAAAUUAAACUCUUAUUUUGCUGCGAAUGUACUUAACAUUUAAGAAUUUCAUCAGGGUGGAGAGGAGAUUAAAGUGGAUAGCGAAUAAGCAAUAAACAAAUUGUGCACAUUAUUUUUCUAGAAUAUUAUUUUAGUGUUGGAGUUAUAGUUUGUAUUUAAUUAGGAAAUAAGAAUUUAUUUAAUGGAAUACCAUAUACCAUUCACUAUGCAGUAUAAUGGAAGUCCACAGCAGUUUUCCUUAAGCUUUUAGGUGUGAUUUUUAAAAUAAUUUUGUUACUGUUUUAGUUAGGAUACUAAUUUUACUGGGAUAAUUUUUGUAAAAUGCCAAAUGUAAUUUAAAGGAACACUGUCAAAUAUAUUAGCCUUGGCUAUACCCAUUAACACUGUAAAUAUUCUGAUAGCGAGUGGCUUCUAGAUGUUGUUUCUGUCUCUCUUUUUUCUUAAACCUAUCACUCUGUCCCAAAGAAUAGUUUUGAAAAGCUACUGCUUGUGCAGCUCCUAGGAUAAAUGGUUCUCUGCGGCACACACCGUAUUUCCAAUAAUAUUUCUGAGCGUUAAUGAUCAAGAGUUUAGCUUUAAAAAUUGUGAGUGUUUGGGGGUUUUUUAAAUGAUAAAUACUGAGGGCUUUAGAAUGCACUUGCUUCCAUUUUCAAGCUUUUCUCUGUAAUCAUAAGGGCUAAAACCUCCUUUUUUGGAAAAUGAAAGCUGAGCACUCUCUUGCAAAUAUCCCGAUCCUGAGAGCUUGGGCUUUAAAAAAAAUUAAAUCAUUAAAAAUCUCAAGAAUAGGCAACAUUGAAAAACAGCCAUUCAGGAUCAAGAUCGCAAAUCUAUGAAGAAAGCCCUUCAGAACUGUGUAGAUAUCAGUUACACUAAUAAGAUAAUAUCUGGCAAUGUAGCAAGAAAUGUACUAUAUUAGGAGGCCACAAUAAAAAAGAAGGAAAAAAUAUAGUUUCCCAGAGUCUCAGCUUUAUUAGAGCGCUGCAGUGUCUAAGGCUGUUGUGGCUCCUGUUAUGGUUUAGAGCAGUGGUUCUCAACCUUUCAAGACCAAAAGGCCCCCUCAUUAGACACAAGGUGCCCCUCAGAAAAUGCGAGCUCUUUAAUUUUCGCUUUUUUUGGAGUAGAGAAAGAUAACAAAGCAAUUCUUCGGUUGUAAAGAAGUCAGAAAGACCAGGAAAGAUAAGAAUCUUUUCAACACUACAAAUUCCAAUUUGAAAACUCUGGAUUUAUUUUGUGAAUCAUGUUUGCACCCUGAUUGAGAAUCAUAGGUUUAGAGAAACAUCUUUCAGAGGUGGCUGUGUGCUCUAUUUCAGUUGGAGGUUUGUAUAAAAGGAAGUGGCAGUUGUAUAUCAGCUACCUGGGGAAUCCCCACCUGCUCCAGUUGCCUUUCUGCUCUCUGAAAUGGGGCAGAGAAGCGAAAAAAAAAAAGAUGGCAAGGGCAGGAAGAGUAUUUUCAAGUCAAUAAGAGGUUCUAACAAAUAGUUUGUUUAAAGGAAAAUGAGCUGGCUUUCCUUGAUUUGUAUGGAGCUCUGGAAAGACAGUGAAAAUCCAGCCAUCUUAUCUGAAAGCAUAACAUUUUGCCAUGUAUCUGUCCAUUGUGCCGUACAAGGAGUACAGUGUCAGCCUCGCUGGUUUUCCAUUAAUGAAUGGGCCCAAAGCAGUCCCUAAUGGAAAAUACCACACAAAAGAAAGAGUUAUUCAAGGGGCUUAGAUCAGUGAUGCUUGACCUUUUGAAUCCAUGGACCAGAUGAGGGGACUGGAGCUGGUCCAUAAGCCAUAUUGGGCACCUGCGGCAGAAUUGGACUCCAUAUUGUCUCGGCCCAGCUUGGCCUCCAAUGGUCUCUGAUGCCAAAACUGGGCCCCACGGCUCUGUGCUGCCUCGGCCCAGCAUUCAUAAACCAGGAUUUGGCUCUGGGGCUGCGCGUUGCCUCUGCCCAGCCCUGCUCACUGGGAUUGGGCUCUGGGGCUCCGUGCUGCCCCUCCUCACUGGUAUCAGGCCCCAUGCCACCCUGAAUGCCCAUUCCAGUGCACAGGGCCAUGCUGUCUGACCCCACGGGUCCAGAAAUGUGAUAGCAGGGCAGUGGUACCACUGGAUCUGCCUCAUGUGCUGAGGUUGAGCACCUGUACCUUAGACCCCUGUUCAACAAAGGGCUAUUGCACAGGAACAGUCGCAUUGAAGUCAGUCAGGCUGCUCAUACUUAAAUAUGCGCUCAAAAGCUUUGAAUCAGUUCUUUUAUGAACUCAACAUCCCCCGUAAUGGAUAUAAGAGAAAAGACUCAUUUUAAUCCAGGGUGAAACUAAAUGAAAAGGAUACAGUCUGGUGCUUUUGUAGUCAAGAAACUUUUGUAUCCAAGAAAGUACACAUAACAGACAACAUAAGUGGUUGGGUCCCUUUGCGGGGUAUCAGGGUGAUGUGCUAAACGAUUCUUUCCUCCCCAAGUUCACUCUUUUUUUAGGCAUAGGGUAAAAUUUAGUUGCUUUUUUUUUUUCAAAAUAUGGCAGUGUUCCUUUACAUUUCUCUAAACAUUAUUGCAAAUUGGUUCAUGAAAAUGUCUCAAGUGGAAGAGUUUGCCAAUUUAAACUGUGGUAAACUAUGUGUAAAGAUACUAUGCAUGACUGCUGCUUUGUGUUUCAAAAUUGAACUUGCACUACAGCUCUAACAAUCCUCAAUUGUAGCUUAUUCAGAACCAUCCUUUGCUCAUGACUGCCAAAGAAUUGCACAGUGAAUUUGCACCAAACUUCAAUUUAUCUUUUGCAGGGAAAUAAAGAUUUCCAUGUAUUAAAGUCUGUACAUUUAUGGGGAUGUAGAUGGCUGUGUACUGGAAUGUUUGUUGAUGCUUUUUUUUUUAACUCAGGAAUUAAAUAAAUAAAAAUCGGUCUCCUUUAAAAAUGAACCUCCCUUUUCUGCUUAUAGGUACAAUUUUGUCUUAAAGAUGAGAAAAUUUUGAAUACUAGACCAUUUG